UUCACCCUCAAAUUCUACUUCAUUCUUCAAAUUUCAUUCUGGGUGCACUGCUUUCCUGAACUGUACUUCAUGCGAGCCAAACGGGUAAGUGUAGUGAUUGAAGCGGUUUUGGAUAAUAUUACGUCAUGUAAGACUUCAUAUAGUGUCCUGAACCACUCUCCUGUUAUCAUGUGACUACUGGGUCAUUUUGUGUGUUUUAGGAGGGCAGGGGGUUGGGUGAUAUUGUGGGUACUGCAAAAAAGAUGUUCUCCUGAUAUUUUAUCCCCAGUGGUUGGCAUCUCUGUGAACUACUGGUAUCUAUUAAAUUUAUCUUGGGUGAUUAUCUCCUAAUUCUUGUCACCAAUCAUUCUGUUCCAUAAAGCAUUUGAUAUUAUGAGGAGAAAUUUGAUGGUUAUCACUCUGAAUGGCUGUAAAGGCAAUCUUGUUAUAUACUUGUACUUAUAUUGAUUAUCAUAAAUCUCAAGUAAAGAUCAACCUCAAUCAUAUCGUUAUAUUAUUUUAAAGUACUUUAUCUUUUGUUUUUGGCAGGAAGAGAUAUUUCCCAAGAUUCAGUUGUAUAUUGAAUAUCUGCUUUUCAUCUGGGCUGCGUACAUGCUAAAGUAAGUAUUUCUGCUGAUGUUACGAGCUUGAUCUCCAAGCUUGUUAUCUUCAAAGGACCCCUUAGAACUCUGAUAAGCCUGGCAGCUUCUUUUUUCCAGUUAUUUAGGGGUACAUCUAUUUUGAGUGCUGACCGUAUUUAGCUACACAUGAAGCAAACUCUACUUAUGCAAUGGCUUUUCCCAAUAAAAAGCAAAGAUCAGGAAAAAAAUUCAAGACAAUAAUUAUAUAUUCUUUGUCAAUGUAUUGGAAUAUUCUAAAGUCGUGAACAAACAGCUUUCCAAUACCUAAUUCCAAUUUUGCCACUAUAAAUAACUAAUUGUAUUUUCAUUACAACUUAAGUUGAACAAAAUUGAGUUUAAUUAAAUUGGUUUUAUUUUUGUUGUAGCUUUACUCAUAUCACCAUCUGUUGCCUGGUUGUUCAUUAUUUUGUGGAGUGCAUUAACCAUGCAAUGAGAAUGUUGCGUAUUAGUGGCAAAGAAGAUGUUGCCAAGACCUUGUAAGUACAUGUUUGUUCCAGCUGGAAGCUUGCUUGGGAAAAGUCCAAAAGUUGGUCAAUUUCUAGAUUUCCUUCAAAAAUGCCUUGUGUAUGAUUGUGAAACAAAAGGAGAACUUAUCACAAGAUCAAGAUUCAUUUAAAGCCUUUUCAAUGCACCCUUUCAUUAGUAACCAUAACAAGAGACUUAUUACAACCUGAAUACAGACACCUAGAGUUGGUCCCAGCUUCCAUCCUUUGGUCCCUCCAUGGACUCCCAAUCAGACACUCACCUCUUUAAGACAAUCAUUUUAUGAACUUCUAGAUUCUCCUCAGAAAUGCCUUCUGUUCAAUUGUGAAACUAAAGGAGAAUUAAACAAGAGAUCAAGAUUCAUUUAUAGCAUUUUGUGAUGCACUACUUUACUUGCACUAGAAGAGGAUUAUUACCAUGCAUCUGAAUAUCACCCUGCUAAAACAGACACCUAGAGAUGGUCAGACGGCCACCUAUUUGAGACAAGCAUUUUUUGGUACUUUUCAAACUGUGUCCAUUUUAUUAAUUUAAUCAGACAUAUAAAAUACAAUCAUGGAAACCUCUGUAAACAUAUUUCUUUUGUUCUCUCCUCUAGCUUCUGGGUUUGGACUUUUCUGUUUGCCAUUGCACGAUUUGCAAUAAUUGCUCUGACGUUUAUGACCUUUUGGUAUGAACUUUCUUGUUAAUCAAUGUGACUUGCCUUUUGCCUUACAAUGUAGGUUUUUUGUUUGAUUCAACUUAUCCUAAAGUAUUAUAUUAUUUGUUUUUAAUGGUGCAUAAUAGGUAUGGGCUUCCACGUCUUGAUAAUGCUGGUCUGAAUGUCAACCUGGGAAACUUCAACAGUCCACCUAUUCGGUAAGACUCCAAAGGGUAAUUUAUGUAGAUGAGUGGGUGAACGUGUGGUGUGAUUUUUAGAAUUUAAUAAUGUCAUGAAUUUUGUAAAAAAAUAAAUUUAUUGUUGGGAGGGAGGUUAGAGAGAGGUGGGGGGUCAUUCACAACUCUCUUGAAAUCAAGGGGUUGGGAUUUUUUUCUUGGCAUGCUGAUCAGCUUUGAUAAGUAAUAGUACAAUCUGCUUAUAAUACCUGCCAUGCACAAUAAUGUUAGGCAAUGGUAAGUUCAAUCAAGCAUAUUCUGUUGAUGCAGGUGCAUGUCUACUAAAACUGUAGCAAUUAAAACACAGUGAUAAUGUCAUUCACUAACAGCUUUUAGGUGAUAAAUUUUGUAGCCAAGUGGUGACUUCUAAGGGUUUGAUUACUGGGUGAGGUAGGGGGAUAGGCCUAUUAAAAACAGAAAUCAGGCCCCCAUUGGGGAAGGGUAUUAGAGAGGCCCAAACUUGUGCUGUGCUAUUGCAGCAGCCAGUACCUCCCCCUCAGGCAACUUGCUCUACUAUACCCUUGGGACAACAAGCAAAGAAUCAUAUAACUUUAAAUUUCAUAAGCUUACUGCUUACAGAGGGGAAGGGGGGAUUACUCCCUUAUAAAACAAUAUAGGUAUUUGCGGCCCCGAAGGGUAUGGUUUUUGUGUUGUUUUGGUCUGAAAACGGGUAUACACUUUGCCCAUUUUGGUCUGGAAUUGGGCUGAUAUAGUUUCAAAGGGAACCACAGGGAUGAAUGUACGUACUUGUUGUUUCAAUUCCAAAUGAUUAGGAAAGAAAGAGAAAUGUGCGAAUUUGAAAGAUAUUUUAAGAAAUUUUUUGUUUGCAUUCUAAUCUAAGGAAUGAUAACAUAAUUUCUGCCUAGAGGCCAGGUCUGAAAAUGGGUAUGGAUUUUAGAGGCCUAGUCUGAAAAUGGGUAUGGAUUUUAGAGGCCAGGUCCCAGUUGUCUAAAGGUUGGAGAGCGUUAUCCAAUAAUAAUAAUAAUAACUAAUAAUAAUAAUAAUAAUAAUAAUAAUAAUAACUAAAAAUUUAUAACAUGCCUUUUCCAUGCAAGUAUGAUCAAAAGUGUGUAAAUGUCCAUCAAAUAAAUCUCUAUCCAGAGGAUACUGGUGUGGAAAAUGACAUUUUUUGGCCUGAAAUGGGGCCAGGAUUUCAGGGCAAAAAACUUUUUUUCAGCUUCACUUGUCCAUUGGACAAGUACUUUGCAGGUUUUGGUUGUCUGAACAUAAAAUUCACUCGUCCAAAGAAAAUAAAACGUUGCCAAAACAGAUUUCUACAUUGCGCCCUGUACUAUAUUCUAUGCAAGCUAUCGACUCCAGAUCUUACAAAGCUGAAAAAAAAAAUGUUGCUCAAGAUAAAUUUUACUCAUCCGGUUGGACGAGUGCUUUAUGAGUUUCAGUCGUCCAAGGCCAAAACCUACUCGUCUCAGACGAGAGGACGAGUGAAAGUUUUUGCCCUGGGUUUGGAGAACUGGGUUUAGGAUUUAUUUAUUAAUUUUAUUUAUAUAAUAUGUUUACAUUGUGCAGUUUGGAAAUUUAGAUCUCUGCUUGGAUGUUGAAUUAAGUGAUCAGUGCAUUAUAAAUUUUGUUAUCAGACUCACUGCAAUGGCUGGCGUUAUCCUUAUGCAAGCAUGGUUGGCUUGGAACUUCAUCUGUUACCAGAUCAGGAUGUGGCGUGAAUAUGCAGCCAGCACUGCUACACCUUCCAAGAAGAAGGACAACAAAAAGAAGAGCAAGAAGGAGAGCGAAAAGAAGAAAAAGGAAGAAGUGGUUGCCGAGGAC